AUGUGCAGAUUCAGGUAUCGCUGGUUUCGCUCCUCAGUGUUGAUUUCUCCAGUUCCAGGCGUUGACUCUCCUCUUCGUACACCAUUUAUUUUAGAAUAUGGUGUUAUUCCUCGAUUUGAUGAGUUUCUAGAGCGGAAAGAUUCUCCCAAUCUCCAGACUGAAGCUGUUUUGGCUCUCUUAGGCAUUACUUCUAUUGCCUUGUUGUUUACCAAUUUAUUGAUUGAACAUGGGCUGGUGGAAAUUCUUUUAAAGCUUCUGGAUUCUCUAAGUUGUGAUGUUCGUGAGGAGGCUGUGAAACAACUAGGACACGUUGCUGAGAGCACUAAAGGUCGUGAUCUUGUUCAUCGGCAUGAGGCAGUGCGUCCUUUACUGGAUAAGGUGUUGCGUCCUUUACUGGAUAAGGUGUUGUGUCCUUUGCUGGAGGAGUUGGACGAGAAUGCCAAGCUGGAUAAGUUGAAUGAGAAUGUCAAGCUUCAUUGA